AUGAAUACACAGGAACUAACUAUGAACUACCAGUCCAUUUCCACCGUAUUUAAUGUAGCAUCAUCAAGUGGGAUGACACAGAGUAUAACAACUGCUGAAGAAAAAUUGAAAAAGAGGGCGCAUAGUGAAAAAACUUACUAUAACAAAUAUCUUCGGAAAUAUCCACUUCGAUAUUCCACUUUAGCUGGGGAAAAGUUGGAACACGUAAGCUUAAGAGAUUGUGUUCUCAUUUUAAUGAUGGACAACCUUGUUAGGUUAAAAAAGCGUGCCGAUCCAGAUCCUGGUGAAAGUAGAACUAUGCAACUGUGUACUUUGCCUAUCACACUGGAAGGUAUACCUCAGGACUCAUCAGAUGUGAGAAGCUGGCACGCGGAUGCAUGUGAGCAAAUUGACAAAAGCUGCAUUUGCAAGGAACGUGUACAGCUUACUAGCAAUGAUGUUGGUCCCUUGCUUCUUAAUCUGUCCAGUGCACAGACAUCUCUACUUACAAACUUUCAGAAGCUUUGUUGUUUUGGACACAGGGAUAUUUGGAAGAAAAUAUUUGAAGACGACAUACAUUGUGUCAACAUGGACAACAUGAUCAAUGCUGUAGACAUGUCAUUAGCCUCAUUACAGUUGGAAGACGUAGAGCUGGAAGCAGAUAUUUCUGACUCUGACAUACAUGAUUUCGAGAACUUGGCGACUACAUCAUUACACGAUGCCCAAGAAAUUGAAGAUGAAGAUCUGUCUAAUAUUGACAUACAGAAUAUGGAAAUCCAAGAUGAUGAAACCGCAUCAGAUGAGAAUGAGACACUAGAGGAUUCCUUUAUCUUAAAAGUGCUUACGAGCGAUGAUGAUGAAGAAAUAUCUGAUGCAGAAAAUCUGUCUUUGAAAGAGAAAGAAGAUGAAGGAAAUGAGCAUUUGCAACGAUUACUAAGCCAAUUAGGCUUUGUGAAGUAUAGUUCUCCUGCUUUUCUUACAAAACACCCACCACCCGCUAUCGGGAGAGAUGACGACAUCAAAAAGCUGAAAGAGGUCCUGGACGAUGUUGCUAUUAAGACCGACAGCAUGCAGAAAAAUAGUCAUAAAAUUCUGUUCGCACCUGAUCACAAAAUUGCUUCAAAUUUAUUCAAACUAAGAGAAAGCAACAAAAAGUAUGAUAUUUUUCUUCCCGAGUUCCCAUGUUUGCACCUGAGGAAAUCUAAAAUUAGAAUUCUGUGUAGUGCUUACAAGGAUGCUGGUAUAAUGCAUAUUCUUGAAUAUAUGAGAGAUGAAGAAUUUCAGGAAUGGCGCAAGCUCAUCUCUGCAGAACACAUUGAAAUGGCCACUCGAUACAUUAGAAGGUUAUCAGUUGCUCUGCAUAUUGCGUUCUUCAUCAAGUUCUUUCAAAGUUUGGAGGCAGUUAAGCAACAGUCCCUACAACAUAGACUAUAA